UUUCAAGCUAUGCAUGCGUGGUUUAUUAAGUCACCAUCAUCAAUUUCCUUCCCAUUUCUUUCUUUGAAAGCUUCUUCUUCCCAUUAAUUACUGCCUAAUCUAUGACCAUUAACUUUCAUCAAUUCAACUCCAUUAAAUUUCCCAUUUGCACCAGGAAGAUUAUGGAGUAGCUUUUUAUAACGUUCCAUAGAAGAUCGGAAGAGCACAAGGCAACACAAAGUUUGUUUGUUUGAAGAUAAACAGGCAUGGAUAGUUUGAAUGGAAAGAGAAGGGUGAAUUUUACUGGUAGAAUUCUUGUGGCAGCUCUCCUGGCAACUGUUUUCAUUAUUUUCUUCACAACUUCAUCUGAUAGCACCCACAAUGCAUUCUCCCACCAUGAAAUAGGAGUGACUCAUGUCUUAGUAACUGGAGGUGCUGGCUAUAUAGGCUCUCAUGCCGUGCUUCGGCUCCUCAAAGAUUCAUACCGCGUAACUAUUGUGGAUAAUCUUUCCAGAGGCAAUAUGGGUGCUGUCAAAAUUCUUCAACAGCUAUUUCCAGAGCCUGGACGUCUUCAGUUCAUCUAUGCUGAUCUUGGAGAUGCGAAAUCGGUCAACAAAAUCUUUGCAGAAAACGCAUUUGAUGCAGUGAUCCAUUUUGCAGCUGUUGCUUAUGUUGGUGAAAGCACACUUGAACCUCUUAGGUACUAUCAUAACAUAACAUCAAACACCUUGGUAGUUUUAGAGGCAAUGACAGCACAUAAUGUGAAGACACUAAUAUAUUCUAGUACCUGUGCAACUUAUGGAGAGCCUCUGAAGAUGCCAAUGACAGAAGAAACCCCUCAAAUGCCCAUCAAUCCAUACGGAAAAGCCAAGAAAAUGUCAGAAGAUAUCAUAAUCGACUUUUCCAAAACCACCAACAUGGCUUUCAUGAUCCUAAGAUACUUUAAUGUGAUUGGAUCAGACCCAGAAGGAAGAUUAGGAGAAGCUCCUCGCGCCAAGCUAAGAGAGCAUGGCCGUAUAUCUGGUGCUUGUUUUGAUGCAGCUCGAGGGAUAAUUCCUGGACUCAAGGUUAGAGGAACAGACUAUAAAACAGCAGAUGGGACUUGUGUGCGGGACUACAUUGAUGUCACUGACUUGGUUGAUGCUCAUGUGCUUGCUCUUGCAAAUGCAAAACCUGGGAAAGUUGGUAUCUAUAAUGUUGGCACAGGAAAAGGAAGAUCAGUGAAGGAAUUUGUGGAGGCAUGUAAGAAGGCAACAGGAGUGGAUAUAAAGAUUGAAUACCUGAGCAGGCGCCCAGGGGAUUAUGCUGAAGUAUAUAGUGAUCCAUUGAAAAUAAGGCAUGAGUUGAAUUGGACAGCCAGGUAUACAGACCUUGAAGAGAGUUUAAAAAUUGCAUGGAGAUGGCAAAAGUCACACCUGAAUGGCUAUGGUCCUUCCUUGGCUACAAAUUAACUGUUACCUAGCAGAUUCCAUUGUAGUAGAUUAUUAACCAGGUCAAAAUGAGAGUUUAAAAGCAAGUUUUUUCUGCUAGUAAAUGAAAUAAAGUGAAUGCAGUGGGGAAGACUAAUGGUACUGGAAAGUCUGGAUUCAUAAAUACCAACGAUUAUAUACAAUUGAAAAGAUUUUGCGAGUA